CUAAUACGUGCUGACUAAGCCAUGGAAUGACUCCAAAACGACGCGUGCCUUUGAUUGUGCCGACCUGCCACGCUGGCAGAUUUAUGUUCUGCCAGUUCUUCGCAUCAUGAUUACUCAAUUGAUAUCGCGGUUGCACCUGUCAAUAAAUUCAUCAACCCAAUGUCUAAAGUUCAGUACCGCACUCUUGGCAAGUCUGGUCUCAAAGUCUCUGUACCAAUUCUUGGUGCGAUGAGCUUUGGUUCUUCGAAAUGGGCUCCCUGGGUCCUUGACGAGGAGCCCUCUAUCGAAAUAAUGAAGGCUGCUUGGGACCUUGGUAUCAACACCAUCGACACUGCCAACAUUUACUCAAACGGCGAGUCAGAACGCCUCAUCGCCAAGUUCAUCAAAAAGUACAACAUUCCUCGCACUCAGAUCAUAAUAGCCACCAAGUGCAAUGGCCUGGUCGCAAAUGAUCCUUCCAUACAGUCGUUCCUCAGACCUGGUCUCGAUAAACUGCCCGAGUACGUCAACCAAUCUGGCCUGUCUCGCGCUGCAAUUUUCAACGCUGUCGACGCGUCCCUCGCUCGUCUCGAAACCUCAUACAUCGAUCUCUUGCAAAUCCAUCGCUUCGACCCUUCAGUCACUCCUGAGGAGACCAUGAAAGCACUCCACGACCUCGUGCAGAGCGGUAAAGUCCGUUAUCUUGGUGCUAGUUCUAUGCGUUGCUGGCAGUUUGCCAUGUUGAAUGACGUGGCCGCUCGCAAUGGUUGGACGACCUUUGUCAGCAUGCAGGAUGAGUACUCGCUACUCUAUCGCGAGGAGGAACGCGAGAUGCUCGCUUAUUGCAAAUAUAACGGUAUCGGUGUCAUCCCCUGGGCUCCUCUAUCUGCUGGUCUCCUCGCACGUCCCGUUGGUACAGAGACGGCGCGUCUCAACUCUCUCAAGGGAACUACCUGGGAGAAAAAGUUGACCAGUGCAGAUACAACUAUUAUCAACCGCGUCGAAGAGCUUGCCAAGAAGAAAAAUAGCAAGAUGAGCCAGAUUGCACUGGCCUGGGUUGCAUCAAAGGUGUCGAGCCCUAUCGUUGGUAUCAGCUCUAUACAAAGAUUGCAUGAUAAUAUUAUAGAGGGGAUUGAGCUCACUCCGGAGGAGAUAAAGCACCUGGAGGAGCCGUAUGAGCCGAAGGCCAUCCGUGGCCAUCUUUAGGUGAUUAGAGCCAACCUACGGCGCCCAGCUUGAAGGCCCGAUGUUCCAACUUCUGUCGCAUUUUGUAUUACUAC